CGAUAAUCUAUUAACCUGUAGGUCGAUAAGGUAAUAUUAUAAACCGCCCGCCCCUUCCCUGUGAGCCCUCUCACGCACGCACAUGUGUCCUCGGGCACGCGUACGCAUCAUGUCGCCCUCACAGCCCUGGCUUUGCCGCCUGCCCCCACCCCUUCACCGCUAUUCGUCAAUGCUCACUGCCUGGCUGACUUUAACCCAUAGGCGCCCAUAGGAAACACCUUGGCCCCGUAGAGGGGAACCGCUGGAAAUGGAACACGCUGCGUGAUAGUGAAGCCUCGGGCCUGGAUACGGAAAAUGGAGGAGUGUAUCUGUCGACCCAGCGCCCGCUAGUCCGGCGGUGGCAACAGUUCAACAGAGUGAGAUCCUCAAGAUGGGUAGAGGGAGGUCUAUGGGUUGGCCGGGUGUUUUAAUGGGUGGGAUACAUCAGGUGUCAGAGAGGCAGUGCUGCCGCCCCACUCCUCCCUGAAAGGAGGGAAUGGAGUGUACGGGAGGGGUGCCAGGAGUGUGCCUAAGAAACAGUCAGUCUGAAGGAGGACCGGGUCUGCGGCCGCUGCCGCGCUUGCCGACCUCAGGCAACCACCUGCCGUGAGUCUUCCAUAUCGCUACGAUUUUCUUUGCUUUGAAUGUGACCUUUCUGCUACUGAGCUCUUCUCAUUUCAACUGAGUUAAUGACUCCUCCAUAAGUAGCCCGGCUUUAUGGGACUGCCAGUCAGCCGAGUGCCACCCCCGCCUGUGGGCCUGUGAGACACUUGUCAGGUGUUUCACCAGCGAGUGUUUCGUCCUACAGUUCAGCUGCUGGGUGCGGGUUUAGUACAUGCUUUAUGCCACCUGCUUCUUUAUUACUGGAAUGGUCCGUGUGUGGAGCUUAGCAGGGGCCCCAAGAAGUUUGUGAUCAGAGGCCUCGUCUUUAAAAAAUGGUUCGAUUCAGUCUGCGGCCCGUCUGCUAUCUUACAGCUUUAGCCACAAGUUUCAAUAGGCAGUGCUUCUGUAGUUCACAAAAGCUGCAGGGACGCCUGUUGGUCAUCCAGUGAUGGCGAUUAUUACUUGUUUCCAUGAUAUUAGUACACAUUGCAUUUUACAUAAAUACCUAUAAACAAGGGUGACUGUCAUGAAAGCUGUGUGGAAAAAAAAAACUUUAAGGUGGACAGGGGUGUGAGUGUAAUUAUUUUGUUUGUUUGCAACAUUAGGCCCAUUCUUGUGUCCCUUCUAGUGCAGAGCACUAACCUUUAAAAUUAGUGUUUAAAACUUUUUUUUACUUCAGCCAUACAACUUCAAAAAAGAAUGAUUUUUUUUUUGGGGGGGGGAGAGACGCACAGGCAAGCUGUGUAUCAUGUUUUUGCUCUGCCCCUUUUGUUGUAAUCUCUUCCUUUUAGAGGAAGGGGAUGGGGGUUCACGCACCUUCCAGCUGCUAUUUCCUUGUUUGCAGGGUUACAGACACACAACCUCAUUCAAAGAAGCUGCUUUUGUUAUUUGAUAUGUUUGUUGCUAGACCUUUUAUUAAAAGAAUAUUCUAACAAGAGAACAUUAUUGUUGUAUAGUUUUUGAUAUAUUGUUUCUGUAAAAUAAGCAUCCCUUUUACUUUUCCCCUUUCCUUGCUCAAUAAACAAUUUUUUUAAUGGCAUGUUUACAUAUGUAGAUGGUUGGUGAUUAAGUGGUUGUUUUUGCAAAAUUCAAUUUUAGACAUUUCUGCUUCAUUCAAUAUUGAGUGUCUCAAUUCGCCUGUUAAACUACUGCGUUAUUUGUAUAUUAGUUAUAUAUUUAUAUAUAUAUAUUCAGUGUUUGUAAGAAGCGCACACACACGCCUAUCAACUGCAUGAGGUUGCAGGGAUGUUUCAUCAGCUGUUUGUAAGAUACAUUUCUUGCACAUUGUGUAUACACAGCUUUGCCAUAAAUCCUGACUUAGAUAUCACUAUUUAUGUAGCAUUUUGCCUGAUUUGAAAUUUAGUAGCCAAAUAUAUUGCAUGCUACAUUUUGGUUUAAAAUUCAGUACCCAUAAGUCCAGUUAAAAAAAAAAAAAUGUAAAUUGCACAAAUGUUGUUACAUGAAUAGUUCAGACAUAUUUUGUUAUUGUUGUUGACAUUAAACAUAGAAUGACCAGUAAAAAACAUGUAUUUACUAUAUGCCCGGGUUGUCCAGCCUGCUUUGCUAUGAGCAAAGUGAUACAAUAUAAUGAAAUCUUUCAUCAGAUGCAUGUUACAUGUUUGAAGUAUCUGCAUGUCUUAAAAGCAGAGUGGCGUGGGAUUGCGCACCUUAUAUUUAAAACUGUCAGGGAUAGUGUGAAGUUGUUAGACAAUUCCAUAAUUAUAAUAGCCCAUAUGCUAAGUUUUUAUGUGAAGAAAGUUUAGAGAAAAGAAAACUUUGAAGCUUUUUGUUUAUACUAACAGAAGAGAAAAGUUCUCCCAAGAAAAAGCUGGUGGCAGGAGUGUAGAGGAGUAGCAUAUGGCAUUAAAAGGAGCACAGCUGGAGGUAGCAUUUCCAUCUGAACAUGAUGUCAGAGCAGCUGACAGCUUGCCAUCCCUCAGCCUUUUAUUCUAACACACAGACAGGGAGUUAGUGUGUGCCGAGCUGUGUUGGGAGAAGGUUAUGAGGACAGUAUGGAGUUUCCAGAACACAGCAGACACUUGCUACAGUGUUUGAGUGAGCAGAGACAUCAAGGUUUCCUUUGCGACUGCACUGUUCUUGUUGGAGAUGCCCACUUUCGAGCACACAGAGCUGUCCUGGCUUCAUGCAGCAUGUAUUUCCACCUCUUUUACAAGGAUCAGUUAGACAAAAGAGACAUUGUUCAUUUGAACAGCGACAUUGUUACAGCUCCAGCCUUUGCUCUUCUUCUUGAAUUCAUGUAUGAAGGGAAACUCCAAUUUAAAGAUCUACCCAUUGAGGAUGUGCUUGCAGCUGCCAGCUAUCUCCACAUGUAUGACAUUGUGAAAGUCUGUAAAAAGAAGCUUAAAGAGAAAGCUACCACAGAGGCAGACAGCACUAAAAAGGAGGAAGAUGCCUCAAGUUGUUCAGACAAAAUAGAGUGUCUUUCAGAUGGUAGUAGUCACAUGGCAGGUGAUCUGCCAAGUGAUGAAGAUGAUGUUGAAGAGGAAAAAAUAAACAUUCUUCCUGGUAAAACUGAUUUGGCAACUGAAUCUGGGAACAUGUGGAUAAGAUUGCCCUCAGAUUCUGCAAGCAUUCCCCAGACUGGCGGAGAGGCUGAAACACACACAGCAGCAGCUGGAAAAACAGCAGACAGCCCCUGCAGCUCAACAGGAUCUUUGUCCCAUAGGUCUGCCACCUCCAUGAGAGACUCGGCAGAUGUGGACUGUGUGCUGGACCUCUCUGUGAAGUCCAGUCUUUCAGGAGCUGAAACACUGAAUAACUCAUACCUUUCAUCACAGGAGAUCUUAAGAAAUAGUCUAGUACAGGUAAAAGUCGAAAAAGAAGCUUCCUGUGAUGAGAAUGAUAUUGAUACUACUGAGUAUGAUAUUGAACGGAACACUGUGAAAGAAAGUUCGAGCUCUAAUAUUAGGGCACCAUAUGAGCCAGUCCAUCUGGCUCCAAUAAGGGAAGAUUCAGUCUUACGGGAAUUGGAUCAUGAUGACAAAGCAAGCGAUGAUGAUAUGAUAACUCCAGAGAAUGAGAGGGUUCAGAUGGAAACAAACAUGGACAGCAGUUUGCUUCCUUAUGUGCCUAACAUACUCAGCCCUGCUGGGCAAAUCUUUAUGUGCCCUCUUUGCAACAAAGUUUUUCCCAGCCCACAUAUCCUGCAAAUUCAUUUAAGCACACACUUUCGCGAGCAGGAGGGUAUUCGCAGCAAGCCUGCCAAUGAUGUCCAUGUUCCCACCUGCUCAUUGUGUGGUAAGACCUUUUCUUGCAUGUACACUCUUAAACGACAUGAAAGGACUCAUUCUGGAGAAAAACCUUUUACUUGCACUCAGUGUGGAAAAAGCUUCCAGUACUCUCACAACCUGAGUCGGCAUGCUGUUGUUCAUACACGGGAGAAGCCACAUGCCUGUAAGUGGUGUGAAAGAAGGUUCACACAGUCUGGAGACCUUUAUAGGCACAUUAGAAAAUUUCAUUGUGAAUUAGUGAACUCUUUAUCUGUUAAAAGUGAAACACUGGGUUUACCUGCUGUUAGAGACUGGACCUUAGAAGACAGCUCUCAAGAACUGUGGAAAUAGUAUAUAUAUGCCCUGAUUUACAAUAUAAGUGUGUGGGCUAAAAGCAUUUAAGUUUCCCUGAGACGUUUCUUAUAUAUUUGAUAUAAUUUUGGCACUUUAGAGGAAAUUAUGACUAAGUUAAUGCAUUUUUAAAUUAAAAAAAAAAUACAAUUUGUAUUUUGCAUGUGGCAGAUGUUUUGAUUUUUACAUUUCCUAAAAUAUGCCUUAGAUUUUGGUUUUGCAUGUUACAUAGUUUCAUAAUUCUUUAAGGGAUAAUCCCUUUCUGCUUUGUGUUAGAAACUAAUAACUAAAGGAAACUAUAAUGCUUUUAGAUCUUUCUAUUUUAAUGUGGUAUAUUCUCCCCUUUAAAAAAAAAAAGUUAAAAGGAUUUGGUGGCAUUUGCAGAAUUUGGAUUCAUCUCCCCAUAGCAUCAGGCAUGUAUUGUGUUUAAUGGGAGUUUGUUUGGGGAUUUUAUAUGGUAAAAAAAAAUGUCCAGAGAAGUGUUGGGUUCAUUUCAAAUAGUUAACUUUAUAUUUCCUGUAAUAUAUUUACAUUAAUGGGAAGUUGGUAAACAACUUGUCAAGAUCAUGAUGCUCUUAAAAUCUUGAAAAGUAAUUAACGCUACAGAAAUGCAUGAAUUUUUAGUACAGUUUACUGCAUUGUAUAUCUACAGUAUGUUAGAUAAAACUAUUUAAAAAUACACUGCUAAAAUAACUGGUGUUAUGAAGAAAAACAAAUGCACUGUUUUAAUGUUUUUUGCAUUUUUUUGUUUGUUACUGUUUUUUUAAUAUUUCUCCAAAAUCUGAUUUUUUCACAGUAAUUAUGAAUUAAGCUGUUAUACAGGCUAAACUGCAGACUUCUGACAUAUGCAACAGUAAAUAUGUGUUUACCUGCAGGCUGAAAACUUGCAUGUCUGGUAUGUUUUUAUGGAAAGUUCAACCUUAGUGUGUUACAAAUAAGCAUUUUAACACUUGUUUAGGAAAAUGGUUAAGAUGUGAAAGAAUCAUUCAUAUCUUCUUCCCAUUAUUACUUUAUUUAUUUUUAUUUAAUUUUUUAAGUUAAGAAGGGACAUGGGAUAUUUAAAUAGAAAAAAAAAAAAAAAAGACCAAGAUGGCUUAUUGCUAUAAAAAAAUAUAUGGUGGGGAGAGUUACUUGCAGUGUGCAGUAUCAAAGCGGCAGUGACUAGUCACCUUGAGUUGUGUGUUGGCCAACACAUAGGGGAAAGCGUUUUGCACAGUGUUUGUUCUCCAGUGUUGCACUUACAGAUUGCCUGUGACAGGUACUCACAUAUUUUGAAAACUUUUUUUCCCCAUGUUUUUAGUAUAUAUAAUUUCAGACGCCUUAAGUACUGUAAACAUAGCUUAAUGUGUUGAACAUUAUAAGUGGGAGUAACCCACUUUGUCUGCUGGAGUUUGUUAUAUUUGGUUUGAAAAAUUAUAAAAUAUGAUAGAUAAAAACCAAACAAAAAACUGUGAAAAUGGAUUAUGGAGCAUUGUUUAGUUACUUGAAGCUUUUGUAACAAUCCUUUUUAUGUUGUAAAUUAUUUUAAAAAUAUAGGAAAGACAAUCAGUGACUGGAUGAACUAAGAUUCUUGUUAAACAUUAUUUUGAGUUUGCUUUAGUAUUGCGUUAUUUGUUUAAAAAAAAUUAGAUAUCUAGCUUUGACAAUCAUUGUAUGUUUUAUUUUCAAGAAAUGUGUGUGGGGGGGGGGGGUAAAUUAUAAUGCUGUUUAGUUUUGUACUAUUGGUGUGCGGUGAGUUUUUAAACUGUGUGCAAAUUGCAAUAAAUUAUAUGAACUUGAAAAUUAAAAGUGUUAUCUCACAAAAUGUGCUUAUGUCUGUAUUUCAGUAAAUCACUUUGAACUAU